AUGUCUUCGUACCCAAACGACCUGGAGCACACCUCCAUAUACACGAGGGAUAUUAAUGAACCAGACAGCGAAGAGAGCGACGGAGAAGGAGGCCUCGGCAACCUGAACCGGCUGAUCGUGAGGCCGCCGGGCCACAGCGGCAAGGCCAAGCGCGGCCAGCUCUGCUUCGACGCGGCCUUCGAGUGCGGGAACUUGGGCCGGGCAGACCACAUCACUGAGCUCGAGUACGAUCUCUUCGUGCGGCCCGAUACCUGCCGCCCGCGCUCGCGGUUCUGGUAUAACUUUACCGUUGAAAAUGUGAAGCAGGAUCAGAGAGUAAUAUUCAACAUAGUCAACUUAGGUAAAGAAAGAACUUUAUACAACGGCGAAAUGACACCGCUAGUCCGCUCAACCUCGCGUCCAAAAUGGCAACGCAUUCCCCGUCGUUUCAUAUUCUACCACAAGUCACCAGUGCACCGCGGCCGGCGCGUGUUGAGCCUCGCCUUCGGCUUCGACCGCGAGGAAGAUGUUUACCACUUCACGGCGGCUGUGCCCUACUCCUACUCGAGGCUGCAGAAGUAUCUCACGCUGUGGGAGAAGCGCGCGCAGACGUUUGCUGCUCGGGAGUGCAUUGCGCACACUACGCAAAAACGCAAGGUUGAUCUCGUCACCAUAGGGGAUCUCAGGGUCCAGGAUAAAGAGAUGAGAGAAGAGUCCGCGGUGAAGGGCAAUAAGGGUGCUCCAAAGAAGCGCGUCGUGCUCAUCCUUGCGCGCACGCAUGGCGGCGAGCCGCCUGCGUCUUUCAUCUGCCAAGGUAUCCUUGAUUAUUUCUUAACUUCAUCGGAAAAGGCUUUGGCGCUCCGCAGCAACGUAGCCAUCCAGGUGGUGCCUAUGUUGAACCCCGACGGCGUGUUCCUGGGUAACCAGCGCUCAGAUCUGCUGGGCGCCGACCUCAACCGCAGCUGGAUUACCGCCUCCACCUUCGCUCACCCUGCCGCCGUGGCCGUCAACGAUCUUGUGUCCAAGCUCGUCGCUGAGAAGUCUCUUCAAUUGGAUUUUAUAAUCGAUUUGCACGCGGACAUAAGCUUUGAAGGAGUCUUCGUUAGAGGAAACUCAUAUGAUGAUGUGUACAGGUUUGAGCGUCACGCCGUCCUUCCAAAAUUCCUGGCGUCCCGCGUGGAGGCCUGGCGUCCCGAGGCGUGCCUGUACAACGCGGACCCACUGGCCGCCGGCACGGCGCGCCGGGCACUGCCAGAGGGCGCCAUAGACGCCUACACUUUACUUGUGUCGCUGGGAGGCCGCCGACUCACUCCCAAGGGACCCUACAUACAUUAUACUGAAGAUGCUUAUGCUAAAAUCGGCCGAUCUAUAGUGAAGGCUCUCUGCGACUACUACCGACACAUCGGCGUCAUACCCCCGCGACAAGGAGCACCAACCAAGAAGAAAGAUGGGCGCGGACGGCGUCGGCGUCGGCGCCCCGCCGCCGACAGAGAAAGGCCAGUCCGCCGCACAUGGUCCCCAAUGUCCCCACACGAACACUUACCGCACAUACAUACCAAAAUGUCGCCAAGCUCAAGUCCCGAACGGCGUGUAUUAGCCGGGCGGGUGCUGUCGCCGCCGCUGCCCGCGGCGUCGCCGCCGCCGCUGCGGGCGCUACCGCCGCGCUCCACGCGACUCCGCCGCACCAAGCCCAGAAUAGAGCCGGAUUUCGACCCGCUAUUGCCCCUUAUCACAGGCACAGCUGUCCGCACGCCCCGCCUGUCUGUGGUGAACCUGAGUGCCAUCGUCCGCACGCCGACGGGCCGCGAUCCUCGCCCGAGACUCGCGCGCCCGGCGCGACCCUCGCACCCGAGGUUUACCAGCGACGAGUACGACACGCACGACUCUGACUCGUAGGCGACGUGAGAAUCGGCA